UAGGGAGGCGAGGUGGGGAGGGGCGGGGAGGUGCUGAAGAGGGGGCGAUCCUGCUGGCCUGUGGACCACCACACCAGAGGGGUUCGGGUGGGAGGCUCCAGGUGACUCCGGAGAGCUCGCAGGGAUAUAGACCAUCAAGAGACUAUCAGCUCUCUCCUCACCCGGCCCGACAAUGUAUACUGCGACCCGGAAGAGACUGCAGAAGCUAACGGACUCCACGAGUAAAGCCUCCAAGCAUUUUAACAGAUAUGAAAUAGAGUGCCUCAUAAAACUUUUUUAUACCUUGCUGGAAGAAACAACUGAGAAACAAAGUAGCAUUGGGAUAGAUCGUAAUGCAUUUCGAAACUUCCUGCAUACUACAUUUGGAAUGACUGAUGACAUGAUUAUGGACAGGGUAUUUCGUGCCUUUGACAAAGACAAUGAUGGAAUUGUGAAUGUAACAGAGUGGAUUUCAGGACUAUGUAUAUUCCUUCGAGGGAAUUUGGAAGAAAGAACAAAAUAUUGUUUUGAAGUUUACGAUUUGAAUGGUGAUGGUUUCAUUUCACGAGAGGAAAUGUUUCACAUGCUGAAAAACAGCCUUCUCAAGCAACCAAGUGAAGAAGAUCCAGAUGAAGGGAUUAAAGAUUUAGUUGAUAUAACACUUAAGAAAAUGGAUCAUGACCAUGAUGGGAAGCUAUCCUUUGCUGACUAUGAAACAUCUGUACAAGAAGAAGCUCUUUUGUUGGAAGCAUUUGGUCCAUGUUUACCGGACGCAAAGCUUCUGAAGAAACUUUUCAAUCCUAAAAAGAAAGUACCCAAAGGAACUAUGAGACACCACAGUGGAACUAGGAGCCAUCUAGAAUUUGAAGCCCAGGUCUUCAAAGACCCCCAUGAUCUCUAGAAUAAGGACACCUAACAGCUGUGUUAGUUUCAAGACAGCAAAUUAAAAAGCACAUUCCAAAUGCUUUGCAAUUUAAUACUUUAAAUAUUUGUAAUUUGAAUUGGGCUGAGACUUAUUGUGGACCAACCAAUGAAAGCCAGAGUGAUUUGGGUUUAAAGGCAUAAUCAAGUAGCUCCAUCUUGGGGUUUAGGGCUAGAUUUUUCCCCUCUACUUAUUUAUUCUGUCAUUUUCCCCUGAAAAACUAGGACAGUUAACUCUUUUGUCUCAUGGAGUUUUCAUUUAUGUAAUUUAAAUAAGCAUUGAUAAAGUUUUAAAUUUUAUUUUACUUACCUGUAAACUAUUAUGACAGAUUGGUGGAAGAUCAGAACUCAAGACCAGCAGUUCUGCUUGUUGACAAAAAUGAUUUACAUUUAUUCUACAAUUUAUACAAGGCUAUAAAUUUAUAUUUGGAUCUAUAGUAAUACUUACAAUUCCAUGAACAAAAAAGAGGUAAUGCUAUUAUGAAGCAUCAAUAGGAUGAAUACAGACAAUGACUCAGUACCAGGUUAAAGAAAAUAGCUAAAACUAUUUAAUUCCCUUUGCAUGAAAACAAAUUAAAUGUGUUUUUUGUACCAAUGGUACACAGUUUUCUUGAUUUUAAUGAGUAAUUCAAAAGCACCUCUCCCUGAUGAAGGUUGUCAGAUGAUGGUUUUCUUUCAAAACAGAAAAAAAAAACGAAUCAAGAGGGUUUUUUUGUUUUUUACUUUUAAAAUAUUAUUCCCUUUCUUGUC